AGAUCUGCCACCAAGCAGCAUGUUUGGCCGUGUCGCUCAUCUUCGCCGCGUCAACCCGACGCUCGCCGUCGCCGCCAUGGGCAUGGGCAUGGCCCUGGGCGCCAGCAACGCGCCGACGCAGGCCAAGAAGGUCGACGCCAAGGACUUCCUCCUCGCGCCCUUGUCGGCGGACAAGACGCCGGCCGACUCGAUCGAGUUUGACACUAACGCGCCGAUGCGCGAGCGCAUGAAGGCCAUGAUCCUCCGCGUCCAGGACGAGAUCUGCGCCGGCAUGGAGGUCAUCGAUGGCACCAAGUUCCGCACGGACGAGUGGGAGCGCGAUGGCCACGGCGGUGGUGGCCGCUCGCGCGUCAUCCAGGACGGCAAGGUGUUUGAGAAGGCCGGUGUCAACGUCUCGAUCAUCCACGGCGACCUCAAGAAGGGUGCGGUCGACCAGAUGAACUCGCAGGGCCGCAACCUCGAGGUCAACAAGCCGCUGCCGUUCUUUGCCUGCGGCGUCUCGCUCGUGAUCCACCCGCGCAACCCAAUGGCACCGACGAUGCACCUCAACUACCGGUACUUUGAAGUCGAGACCGGUCGCCUCGACGAAGCCGGCAAGCCCAAGAAGCUUGCGUGGUUUGGCGGCGGCGCCGACCUCACGCCCGCGUACCUCUUUGAGGAGGACGCGCGCCACUUCCACGCGGUCUACAAGAUUGCGCUCGACAAGCACGACAAGAGCUUCUACCCGCAGAUGAAGGAGACGUGCGACAAGUACUUUUACAUCCCGCACCGCCAAGAGCACCGUGGCAUUGGCGGCUUCUUCUACGAUGACAUGGACAAGGACCCGGAGAAGACGUUCCAGAUGGCGCGGUCGUGCGCCAACUCGAUGUUGGAUGCGUAUGUGCCCAUCAUGCUCAAGCGCAAGGACAUGCCCUUCACGCAGGCGCAGAAGGAUUGGCAGCAGGUGCGUCGCGGCCGCUACGUCGAGUUCAACGUCAUGUACGACCGUGGCACCAAGUUUGGCCUCAACGUGCCCGGCUCGCGCAUCGAGUCGAUCCUCAUGUCGUUGCCGCUCACGGCCCGCUGGGAGUACAUGAACAUCCCGAAGGAAGGCUCGUGGGAAGCACGGACGCUGGAAGUCCUCAAGAACCCCGUCGACUGGCUCAACGUCGACGCCGUCGACCUCGAGACGCUCUCGACCAAGGAGCUCCUCGCGGAGAUUGCCCGCCGCAGCGAAUCGGCGUAGAAUAGAGUAAAUGUAAUCAAGCCGUGCGUACGUAAAUUUGCAGCGACGGUCGCCGCCUUAGUAGC